AUGUCUAUCAAGACGGCACUUUCGAGGCUCCAGCAGAUACCGGAGAUUCAAAGUCGCUACAAUGUUUUCACAUAUGUUAAUGAGAGAGCAUCGUCGCAAUUGGAAUCAAUAGAUAAGAACACUACCGCAGAUAAACCGUUGAAUUAUACCCUGGCCGCCAUUAAGGACAAUAUAGCCACCAAGAAUAUGCCUUCUACAUGUGCCUCUAAGAUUUUAGAUGGCUAUAUGUCGCCUUUUGAUGCCACCGUUGUUUCGUUAUUGCUAGAAGCAGGAACGGUGAUAGCUGGUAAAGCCAACAUGGAUGAAUUCGGUAUGGGUUCUGCUGGGAUACAUUCUCAUUUUGGGCCAACAUUCAACCCGCUCUUUGAUCACAAGGAUCGAGUUAUCGCAGGUGGUUCGUCAUCUGGAUCUGCUGCUGCAGUAGCAUCCGGAGUUGUUGAUUUUGCAUUAGGAACUGACACAGGUGGGUCCGUAAGGUUACCAGCCUCAUACACUUCAACUUUUGGAUUCAAGCCGUCGUAUGGUAGGCUCUCAAGGCAUGGAGUUAUAUCGUAUGCUCAGAGCUUGGAUACGGUAGGGGUAUUUGCGAACGAUUUGUCUAUGAUUGAUAGGGUCUUCUCGUUGUUAGAUAAGCAUGACAAGAAAGAUCCAACUUCGUUAAGCGAGGAAUUGAGACACAAGUUUACUUCAUUGACAACCAAGAGAAAGACUUUAAGAAUAGGUAUACCGGAAGAAUUUUCUCAGGAAAGUGUUCCUGCUGAAUUUAGAGCUGCCAUGACGGCGAUCAUUAAACGUUUAAUGAAGAAAGGGCAUGAGGUAUAUCCUGUGUCAAUUCCAUCAGUGAAAAAUGCACUAUCUAUUUAUUACACGUUGUCUCCUGCCGAGGCAGUGUCUAAUCUUUCCAGAUAUGAUGGUGUCCGGUACGGUUAUAGAGCAGAAUCCGAUGUUGAAGAUGGUACUUUAUUUACACCAACAAGGUCGGCAUUCGGACCGGAAGUUCAAAACAGAAUCAUCUUGGGAAAUUACAACUUAUGCUCAGAGUCCUUUAAGAACAACUACAUUAAAGCUCAAAAGCUAAGAGUCCAACUAAUAAAUGACUUUGAUCGGGCUUUCAGGUUCCCAAAUGUGUUAAGUGGGAACUCUGUUAAUAAAGACGGCGUUGAUAUCAUGUUGUCCCUAACCUCAACUUCAUUUCCUACUACCUAUGAUGAAGUUGUGAGCGAGGAGAAUAAAAACCCUUUGAAUACAUACAUAAAUGACAUAUUCACAAUGCCCAUGUCAUUAUGUGGGCUUCCAACAAUGACUGUACCGGCAGGGCACGCAUUUGGUAUUCAAGUAUUCUCUCAACACGGUAAUGAUUACGAGUUGUUAGAUGCCUGUUCUGAAAUUGAUGCACUUGUAAAUAGUUAA